UUGUAUAUCACUUAUCGAACUUGUUAAUGAGGAACUUAUACUAGCUUCUGGAAGUAAAUCAGAACUUUUGCUUGACCUAGGAUUAAUAGACGAUGAUUCUCUUGCAGAUGUGGAAAGUUCUGCAGAUAAUUUGACUAAUCAAACAGCUGGGAACAAUACUGAUAAUGCACAAAUUCAGUUAUCAAGGGAAUCAUCUUCCAAAAUUUCUCGCAAACAGGGCAAGGUACAAGGUUUGUUGCAAGAAUUGUCUAUACCCAGAGAACCUGAAGAAGAAAAUGAUAGUGAAGAGGGUGGAGAAUCUAUUUCACAAAAUUUGGCGCGAUUAUAUAAAAAAGCAAGUCUUGCGGAAAAACGUGUCAUGAAGGCCAACCAAGAUGAAAUUUUGUGUUAG